GCCACUUCCGCGCCGGAGUUCCGCGUGUUCGGCAGUUUGGACCAUCCAGCACCGCGUUCUACUCAGGAGAAGCCGACCCUCCCGUCUCGCCAGGACCCCGCGAUGCCCGCCCCGCAGUGCGCCUCCUGCCACAAGGCGCGAGCCGCCCUCCGCCGUCCGCGCUCGGGCCAGGCGCUGUGCACCACCUGCUUCUGCGCCUCCUUCGAGGCCGAGGUGCUGCACACGGUGGUCGCGGGCCGCCUGCUGCCGCCCGGCGCCGUGGUGGCCGUGGGCGCCUCGGGCGGCAAGGACUCCACUGUGCUGGCGCACGUGCUGCGCGAGCUGGCCCCGCGCCUGGGCAUCUCGCUGCACCUCGUGGCCGUGGACGAGGGCAUCGGCGGCUACCGGGACGCAGCGCUGGCGGCCGUGCGGCGGCAAGCAGCACGCUGGGAGCUCCCGCUCACCGUCGUGGCCUACGCAGAGCUCUUCGGGGGCUGGACGAUGGACGCCGUGGCCCGCAGCACGGCCGGCUCCGGCCGCAGCCGCUCCUGUUGCACCUUCUGCGGGGUGCUGCGACGCCGGGCGCUAGAGGAAGGGGCGCGCCGCGUGGGAGCCACGCACGUCGUGACGGGACACAACGCCGACGACAUGGCGGAGACGGUGCUCAUGAACUUCCUGCGGGGCGACGCGGGCCGGCUGGCGCGCGGCGGGGGCCUGGGCUCUCCGGGCGAGGGGGGCGCCCUGCCGCGCUGCCGCCCGCUGCAGCUGGCCUCGCAGAAGGAGGUGGUGCUGUACGCGCACUUCCGCCGCCUGGACUACUUCUCCGAGGAGUGCGUGUACGCGCCCGAGGCCUUCCGCGGCCACGCGCGCGACCUGCUCAAGCUGCUGGAGGCGGCGCGGCCGUCGGCGGUGCUGGACCUCGUGCACUCGGCCGAGCGCCUGGCGCUGGCCCCGGCCGCGCGGCCCCCGCCCCCUGGCGCCUGCUCCCGCUGCGGGGCGCUGGCCAGCCGCGCGCUCUGCCAGGCCUGCGCCCUCCUGGAAGGCCUGAACCGCGGCCGGCCCCGCCUGGCCAUCGGCAAGGGCCGCCGGGGGCUGGACGAGGAGGGGUCGCCGCGGGAGCCACAGCCGUCCGGACCCCCGACUUCGGAGCCCAUCCCCGGCUUCUAGAGACUCCAGUUCUCCGCUGGGAUCCGACGACGUGGGAGUGCGGGGCCGCCUGUAAAUGACAGUGUGAAGGAACCCGAGUUACCUUAGCCCGGGCUUCGGUGUGAGGUUGGGAAGGGGUCGGAACCUCUUAACCUGUGGUCCUGCAGAAGCUGGGGCUCUGGGCUCCUGGGGCUGUGGAGGACUCCUGGGUGUCUGGGGGACCCCUGGGCCUCAGAGAGGAGAGAACUGUACAACUUUGCAUUCCUGAGCGAGUGGGAAUUAGGGGGCCGCUUGCCUGUACCUCUGUGGGGCUCUGGGCGUGCUCAGAUAGUCCUGACCCUUCUUGAGCGCCUACUGUGUGCCUCAUGUUUCAUGUUUGCCUGCAGUGGGAUAAGCAAAACCAUGUAACGUGAUGGGCACGUCAGUUACAGCAAUCGUGAUGCUUCUGUGUGAGCGCUGUGUACAGGGCAGGCGCUGGAUCAUCUCAUUUCAUCCUCACCACGAUCUCAUUGGCUGUAGCCUGAGCCCCAUAACUGGCCUGAGGUCACCUCGCUGGAGCCCCAACUGGGGGCUCACACCCAGGUCUGCCUGGGGCUCCUCAAGACGGUGUAUUUAGCCCUUACCCCCACUCUCCCCGCCCACCACCACCUGAGUCUCUGUGUGAUGGGUGGGGAGCCGCUGGGUGAGCUCCCCAGACCUCAGAUUUCUGGAGGCAGAGCUGGGUGAACCUGGGUCAGUGGCUUAACCUCUCUGGUCUUCCAUUUCCUCCUCUGAGAAUGGAAUCAAAGCCUCCUAGCAAAGCACUGUUGUGAGUAUUUGAUAAUGGUGUCCAACUUCGUUGUUCACAUUAAAGUUCGGCCCCCCGGGGGGCUCUGGGUUGCAGGGUUGCCUCCCUGCCGGUGCAGACAGGUGUGAGGCUCAGAAACUUCCUGCCUGACCCCUGGGGAGACUUGGUAUCCUCGGUCCCACCUCCGAGCUGUGCUGGGCUGGUCCCUUGUCAGGAGUGCCCUCCUUUCCCAUCUUCCAGCUCACAUCCUCCAGGGGCCUCCUGGAAGCAUCCCUGAUUCUCUCCUCCCACCCUGCCCAGCCCAGGACAUUAGGACUCUCCCAAACCCCAGCCCUUGGGUCCUGUCCUCCAGCCAUCCGCACUCUUUGGGGCUCGCUUUUCCUAAUUAGAUUGGGCUGGAAGGCAGGGACCAGAGGCCCCACCUCCUCCGUGAGUUAACUGAGCAUCAGGAUAAUUAUUCAUUCGACAGACGUUUAUUGAGCACCUCAUCUGUGGCCCAUGUGCCAAGUGCUAGGAAUACUGCAGUGAGCAAAAGACAAAAAGCCCCUGCCCCCGUGAAGUUCACCAUCUGGGAGAAACAGACAAUAAGUCAAUAAAAAUAAAAUGUCAGAUAGUGAUUAAUGCAACAAAAAUAAAGCAGGAUAAAGAGGGAGGGAGACAGCAAGAGCCAGUGUCCAUAGGGGUCAGGGCAAGGCCUCUCUGAGGAGGUGGCAUUUGAGCCGAGACCUGAAUAAAGCAAAGGAGUGAAUUAUAAAGCCAUCUUGGGGGAGAGCUUUCCAGGCAGAGGGAACUGCCGAUGCAAAAGCCCAGAGGUGGGAAUAAAGUUGGUAAGUCCAGGGAACAGCAAGGAAGUGUGGUCAGGGCAGAGUGGGCAGGGAGAAGAAGAGCAAGAGUUGAGAUCAGGUGGUAUCCAGGGCUGGUCCUGCGACAUCUCGCAGAGGCAGGAGCCCAUCUCCGUUUUCUAAAAAUCCCUGCAGCUGCGCUGGAGAGAACGGGCUCUAGGGGGCGCAAGAUGAUCACGGUCAAUUGGAAUGAUUCUAGUGCACCAGGCACUGCGGAACGCUCCUUCCUUGCGUCUUGAUCCCCAAUUUUACAAAGGGUAAAUUUUUGACUCAGAGGGGUGAAGUGACUUUCCCAAGGUCACACAGCAGCAAAGAGCUAGGGCUCUUGAACCUUUUUGCUAUGCCGCCUGCUGGAAGCAAGAGGACCUGGGCCCUUGUUGCAGGUCGGCCACUGAUUGACCCUGUGGUUUGGGGCAAGGGACUUUUCUGUAACCGAGUUUCUCCCGUCACACCUUCACACCAGGAGGUGGGUGGUUGGUUAGAUUUCUGUUGUGGUUUAGAGUAGCACUAUCCAAUAGGAAUAUAAUGCGAGCCAUAUGUGUAAUUUCAAAAUUACGAGUAGCCAUAUUUUUAAGGGGGGGAGGGGAAAAUUUAAUAAUGUAUUUUAUUUGACCCACUAUAUCCAAAAUAUUACUAUUUUAACAUGAAAUCAAUAUUUUAAAACCGUGAGGAUGGGACUUCCUGGUGGCUCAGUGGUUAAGAAUCCGCCUGCCAAGGCAGGGGACACGGUUUUAUCCCUGGUCUGGGAAGAUCCCACAUGCCGCGGAGCAACUAAGUCUGUGUGCCACAACUACUGAACCUGCGCUCUAGAGCCUCCGAACUACAGCUACUGAAGCCCACGCGCCUAGAACCGGUGCUCCGCAACGAGAGAAGCCACAGAAAUGAGAAGCCCGCGCACCACAAGGCAGAGUAGACCAGAGAAAGCCCGCGCCUAGCAACGAAGACCCCGCACAGCCAAAAGUAAAUAAAUUAAUUAAAACCUUGAGGGUGUUUUACGUUUUUUUUGGUACUAAGUUUUCAAAAUCCGGUGUGUAUGUUACACUUACAACCCGUCUCUAUUCAGAUUCAACCACGGUUCUGUGGCACAUGUGACGAGGGCCUCGAGUGGGAGCUGGGGAAAAUGCUGUUCUCAGCUCCAACCACAAGGGGGUCACUGACCACACCUUGCAUUGGGUGGCCAUUGACGGAAGAGCAAAGUCUUUCCUUCCGCUGCCUGGCUGGGGAGCUUUGCUCUCUCCUCCCACCUCCCCACCGGUCCCCCUGGCCUGAGCCAGGCUCCAAGGGCGAGAGACACAGUCUGGCAGAAACCUGAAGGUCCCCUGUGAACACUGGAAACCUUCCAUGACCUCAAGACCCAUGUGUACAUUCAUUCAUUCAUUCAUUCUGCAAAUAUUUAUCGAGCACCCAAUUUGUGACAGCAAUGAACAAAACAAAAACCUGCCCUCAUGGGAGAGGCCAGAAAAGGAGGAAAAUAAGUAGAGUAUGUAGUGUGUCAGAUGGUGAUAAACUGAUUAAUCGGAGGAUGGGAAGCAUGCCACGCAUGGAUGUAGGGUGGAUACGGCAGACCUUGAGGAGAAGACGACAUUUGAGCAGAGACCCACACAAGGUGAGGCAGUGGGCUCUGCAGAUGUGCGGGAAGGGCGAUGCUGGCCAGGGAACAGCGUGUGCGCACGCCAAGGGAGGCAGGCGAGUGGUGGAGCGGGUAACUGGAGGAGAGAGCCUGCGGGAUCUUAGUUCCCUGACCAGGGAUCGAACCCAUGCCCCCUGCAGUGGAAGGGUGGCGUCCUAACCACUGGACUGCCAGGAAAUUCCCAAGGGGACAUGGGUACGAUCCUUGAUCCUGGAAGAUCCCGCAUGCCGCGGAGCAACUAAGCCCGUGCGCCACAACUACUGAGCCUGCGCUCUAGAGCCCGUCUGCCACAACUACUGAAUCUCGCACGCCUAGAGCCUGUGGUCCGCAACAAGAGAAGCCACCGCAAUGAGAAGCCCGUGCACCGCAACAGAGAGUAGCCCCCGCUCGCCGCAACUAGAGAAAAGCCCGAGCACAUCAACGAAGACCCAACGUAGCCAAAAAUAAAUAAAUAAAUAAAAAUUUAUUUUAAAAAAUGU